AUGACGACCACCGUGUUGCUAAACGACGUCGUGCCUCCAAAGUCAUCCGUCUGCAAUGGCGUGCUGUCGUUCGCGAGCACCGCCACGAUGGUUACCACGGCGACGGCAUCCGGGACAGAUGCCACGGCGACGACCGUGAUGGAGACGGACGACGCGGCGACGAUGACGAAGUUCACGGAGGAGGCGAGCGUUGCCGCCGACGACGCCGACGCCGCAGCGACGGGCGCCCCGUCGUCGGUGGUGGCCAUAGGUGGCAGCACGAGUCAGCGACUGCUGGAGGGACAGAGUAUUAUGAUACCGGAUGGGAUGAUGUACUGCAAGAUCCUACCCGACGGCA